CCCGCCCACCAACUCUGCCCACGCCAACAAUUACUCAUAUUGAUUCCCAUUCUAAAUAAUAUCUGUGUCUUCUUUGAUACCCAUUUUUCUCUUGUUGACGAUUCUCCUUUGUUUUCCUCUCAUAACUUGCCGACGAAGAUCCAACCUGACCCACACGUUUUUUUCCCCUCAGAUCGCUUCUGAUUCAUGUCGGACCCUACUUUCUAUCAGCCAAUGGAUACCAAAAUGGAGAUUGACUCCGGCCGAACACCUGAACCCCAUCACUUGUCUCUGGCGAGCGACCCUGAGUCUAUACCGACCCUUGACGGAUGGAUCGAGAGCUUAAUGAGCUGCAAGCAGCUGGCGGAGAAUGAUGUACAGAGGCUGUGCGAUAGGGCAAAGGAGGUCCUACAAGAGGAGUCGAAUGUUCAGCCAGUGAAAUGUCCGGUCACUGUCUGUGGAGAUAUUCAUGGCCAAUUUCAUGAUCUUAUGGAGCUCUUUCGGAUUGGAGGCCCUAAUCCCGACACAAAUUAUCUUUUUAUGGGUGACUACGUCGACCGGGGCUAUUAUUCCGUCGAAACUGUGACCCUCCUUGUUGCCUUGAAAAUCCGUUACCCCCAACGCAUCACAAUUCUUCGUGGAAAUCAUGAAUCUCGACAGAUUACUCAGGUGUACGGGUUUUAUGACGAGUGCUUGCGGAAAUAUGGUAAUGCGAAUGUUUGGAAAUACUUUACCGACCUCUUCGAUUUCCUUCCUCUUACCGCCCUUAUCGAUAACCAAAUCUUUUGCCUUCACGGAGGUCUAAGCCCGUCAAUCGACACCCUUGACAAUAUCCGAGCUUUGGAUCGUAUACAGGAAGUGCCUCACGAAGGCCCCAUGUGCGAUCUCCUAUGGAGUGACCCGGAUGAUAGAUGUGGCUGGGGUAUCUCUCCACGCGGUGCAGGCUACACGUUUGGUCAAGAUAUUUCAGAGGCCUUCAACCAUAAUAAUGGACUCACUCUCGUCGCGAGAGCUCAUCAGCUGGUUAUGGAGGGUUAUAAUUGGUCCCAGGACAGAAACGUGGUAACCAUAUUUUCAGCUCCGAAUUACUGCUACAGAUGCGGAAACCAGGCGGCUAUUAUGGAAAUUGAUGAACAUCUUAAGUAUACUUUCCUACAAUUUGACCCUUGCCCUAGAGCAGGAGAACCAAUGGUGUCUCGUCGCACUCCCGACUAUUUCCUUUAAUUCGACAGAGAGCGGAUCUUUUUUGACGAUUUUACAAUGCCCACACAACCAGCGAACAGUAGCGGGUCCACGACUUUUAUUCCUUUCGUUAACAGCAUCCCUCGACGCUGUUUUGGAAAGUAAAUGUGCAUAUGGGUUCUGCAGAGGGUAGCAAAAGCAGCGAAAAUGGGAAAAGUAACUGAAAAGGGGAAAAUUAGAUAUGCCCGCGAUGUUAGAUAUGAUAGUCGCGGCAAACUUGUUCCCAUAAUAAGUUGCGAGCACGAAUACAGAUAAUACUCCGCGCAAAUACUAAAUUUUUUUUUUCUCUCCCUUUC